AUGGAGACAAUUACUAUUCCAUACGGGAAAAAGGUAAAAGUUACAGUUCCAUCAGACAGUGAAACAACUCUUACUAUUAAUGGCGCUGCUAUUUCUGUUGAAAAAGAGAUUCCUACAUCCGGGCGAGUUGUUAUUUAUUUAUCAUCCAUCCAAAAUGGUAAAGCAGGACCAGAAAUUGCUAUUGCUCCACUUACAAUCGGAAAAGCUGAAACCUGCAAAUUAGAUUACAUAUUCGAACCAACAAACCAAUUUAUUCUAUCUACAAAAGGAGAUAAAAUUGAUGUAGUAGUUCAUACUUAUCUCAUGAACUUCGAAAAACCUGAAAUAGAGAUUUUAGAAUAA